UUUGUAUUUGCGCCCGCUAGAGGUGGAUGCAUCACUGCUGUUUAAGGCUGGGAUGGACUGGCAAAAAAGAACUGGGUUCUGCAUAUUCCAUCGGAAUAUACAGAGGUGCUGGCGUUAAGAUUUGAAAUGCAAAUAUAAAAGUGGUUUACUUAUAAGCCAUCUUUGUUCCGUAAAAAGAGGGUCGCUUUUAAAUUUCUUUCACUACAGUGAGCUCAGAAAUACGUACCUGCGUGUCAUGUGUCUGUGACCGAAUUGCAAGGUAGUGAGUGCUACAGCGAAGAUACUCCGAGAAUUGUGUUGGGCAUAUUAACACAGACUGCGAUGCUGGAACUUGACAUUUUGCAUUGUGAUACACGUGGACGUUUUAUUACUGGUCAGAAGUACAUUUGAGAUGAAGAAUACUUUUUGUUUCCACUUUCGGGGUAUUUGAACGAAAAACAAAAAGAUACAACCCCUUUCAGGGAAAACAUAAUUCAUAUAUAACUUUUAAAAGGAAUACAUAUUCAAAAUAUAUCAUUAAAAAGGAAAACCAAAGGAUUACUUUAGUAAAAUGAAAAGUAAAAACGUUGCAAAUAUCCAAUGAUGGAACACUCGCGGAAGUGAAAAUUAAAAAAAGGAAGAGAAAAUAAAAUUGACACAAAUAAUUUCUGGGAAUGGAAAUACUGACACUGAGGUGGCACUGAGAUGAAAACGUGACCGUUGUAUUCUGUUAUUGCAUAUUACAUUAUUUUUUUCGAAAGCUGAACGAAAAUGAAACCCUUAACACUUCUAUAUCGAACCAUACUUGGACUUCUGUGGAACUGUUGGGGUUUGAUGGAUUGUGUUCAUUGUGGUUUGGGGGACAACCAUGUCCAUUCCAGUUUUAUUUACAGGAGGUUGCGCAACCAUGAAAGAAGAGAGAUUCAGAGAGAAAUUCUUUCAAUUUUGGGCUUACCCCAUCGGCCCAGGCCGUUUUCCCCUGGCAAACAGGCUUCAUCUGCACCACUUUUUAUGUUGGACCUGUACAAUGCCAUGGCAAACGAGGAGGAAAACGCGCUUGUGGACAGCACCACGAAGGGGUCUCGCAGAAAAGCACAGGGAGGCUCGCGCAAAGGGUACCAUGCCUUUCCAAACGGAUUCUCUCGUGCAGCACAGUCGAACCGCACAUCCCCCCUAACAACCCAAAGGCCCCCACUGGCAAACUCUCACGACACCACAUUUCUGAAUGAUGCUGAUAUGGUUAUGAGCUUUGUAAACUUAGUUGAAAAGGACAAGGAUUUCUCCUAUCAGAGAAGGUAUUACAAGGAGUUUCGGUUUGAUCUCACUGAAAUCCCAGAUGGAGAAGCAGUAACAGCUGCAGAGUUUAGGAUUUAUAAAGAUCGCAGUCACGCUCGAUACGAGAACAAAACCUUAAAGAUUAGCAUAUAUCAAGUCAUAAAGGAGUACCAAAAUAGAGAUUCAAGCAUUUUCUUGUUAGACUCAAAGAAGAUAAACGCCUCUGAUGGUGGCUGGCUGGUUUUUGACAUAACCGCUACAAGCAACCACUGGGUGCUAAGUCCCCAACAAAACAUGGGCCUUCAACUUUGUAUUGAAACAACAGAAGGCCGCAGCCUCCACAUCAAGUCUGCAGGCAUGGUCGGAAGAAGUGGGCCUCAGUCGAAGCAGCCAUUCAUGGUGGCUUUCUUCAAGGCAAGUGGAGUGCUGGUUCGAUCAGUGAGGGCUGCCAACCAUAAAAGAAAAAAUCUAAACAAGAACAAAGCUGGUCGUCAUCAAGACUCCUCAAGGGUAACCAAUGCUGGCGAUUACAACACCAGUGAAAAAAAGCAAGCCUGUAAAAAGCAUGAACUCUAUGUAAGCUUUCGUGACCUUGGCUGGCAGGACUGGAUUAUCGCACCUGAGGGCUAUGCUGCGUUCUACUGUGAUGGAGAAUGUUCCUUCCCCCUCAAUGCUCAUAUGAAUGCUACGAACCAUGCUAUAGUGCAGACCCUGGUUCAUUUGAUGUUCCCAGACAAUGUACCAAAGCCUUGCUGCGCACCAACCAAACUGAAUGCUAUCUCAGUGCUGUACUUUGAUGACAGUUCAAACGUAAUCUUGAAAAAAUACAGGAAUAUGGUUGUACGGUCAUGUGGGUGUCAUUAAAAGGGGAGGGCUGCUUUUGGAAUGGCUGUUAGCAGCUCUCAAGAUGUCUGCUAUUACUGGAAAAGAAUAUCAAUGUUAUACAUAUUUAAUCUUUGGUUUUAUGUACAGUAUUAUGUAUAUAGUAGUUCCCUGUACGUGUUAUUUAUUUAUUUUUAUUUGGUGAUAAUGUUCUUUCCAUAAUGUUUAAAUGUAAAACAGAUAAAACCUUGACAAUUGGAAAACACUUGGUAAAUGAUUUGGUUGAUUUAAUAUUUUAAUUACAACUUUUGAAGCGAUUAGUUUAAUCCUAUAAUUAAUAUUUCUAAAUCUACAGCUGGCCAUUACAUUGUUUAUAAUUUAGAACACCACAUGCUCUCAUUAAUCCUAAAAGGCAUUAACUCCUUAACGCAGCUAAAGCGGCUGACAUU